AUGGUACCUUGCGAGGUAGUGGCAGAUGAUGGAGGUUCGGAGGUCGACCCGCUCUCUGACCCUGAGGAAAGAAGGGUCCUAUAUUCUGCUCUUGAUUCUUUCCGACAAUACCGCCAGGCUGCCCACUACAACACAACCCAUUUACGACGUCAAUCUUUCUAUUCACUACCCUCGGCUCACAUGGAGAUUCUGGCUUCCACUCCUUUUGGUCUGCCCAAAACCCUAGAUGCCGUGGAUGCAGCAAUUGAUGCAAAUGCCGACAUUGCCGACACCGUUCUUGCUCUCGGCCUCAGCAUGUACGAUAUAGACCCCGACUCGACAGAGUGGCGCGGAGCUGCAACUUCUCAGGACAUGGACAAAGUACGUUCGACCAUCCGCCAACUAUAUCGCGACUGGGCGGCUGAAGGUGCUCCCGAACGAGAAGCAUGUUACGGACCUAUUCUAGCUGGCCUCAACGAAGCAUUCGGAGACAUUGCUCCAGCCAAACGUUCACAUGUUAGCGUAUUGGUGCCAGGUGCUGGACUGGGGCGUCUAGCCUUCGAGAUCUGCAAUGCAGGAUACGCCAUGGAAGGGAAUGAAAUCUCUUACCAUCAACUCCUCAUGAGUAAUUGGAUACUCAACUACACUACAGGCCCCAAGUCACAUUCUCUCUAUCCCUGGGCAUUGAGCUUCUCGAACCAUACCCACAGAUCUCAUCAAGUGCAAAAAGUCGAGGUCCCAGAUGUGUUUCCAGCUGAAGAGUUGGAAAAGAGCUGCAGAAAUCUGGCAUCGGAAUUACAUGCUCAUCAACGCAUGUCAAUGUCCUCGGGCGACUUUUGUGUGCUUUACAAAGAGCCGCAGUAUGAAGGCGCUUUCGAUGCAGUCACUACAUGUUUCUUCAUCGACACGGCGCCGAAUCUGAUCGCGUAUAUCGAGACCGUUAAGCACUGUCUUAAACCCGGUGGUGUCUGGAUAAACCUAGGACCUCUACUCUGGCACUUUGAAAGUGGCUCUCCAGAAAAGAAGAACUCCUUCUCGUCUUCGUCUUCCGAGACAGACAGAGAGAACCAAGACAGAAACCAGGGCAUCGGCGAAUCGGGCUCCUUCGAGCUUGCGGACGAUGAAGUCGUCAAGCUUGUCGAGCAUCUUGGGUUUGACAUUGUCGAGCAUAAUCCAGUGGUCUGGGAGGCGGGAUACAUCCAAGACCCACGCAGCAUGUUGCAAAACAUGUACAAGCCCAGUUAUUGGAUGGCCCGGAAGAGGUGA